CCAUAUUGCGAUUGAUAAUAAUAGUGUCAUUUUAAAUUGAUAAAGUAGAGAGAAUUACUUUAAUUCGCUACAAGUUACUGUAAUACGUGUAUAUUUAUAGAACGUGUGGUAAUUUUAAUAUUAUGACAACUAACAGCGUAACCUCUUCGAGGUAUUUAUAAUUCCAUUAAAAUACAGUGAUAUACGGAGCAUAUAAGAUAACCUGAAUUCACGAGUGACGUUUUUGCUUUAACUACCAUAAAUACAAUUCGAAAAAUGGAUAAAUCACUUUUAAUGCAAAAACAAGUGAAAGAUAAUGCGGAGGAUAUGCAGAAAGAAUUUCUUGAUAUGAAAAAUUGGGAAGAACAAAUGAAACAGAAAGAUGAGGAGCUAAAAAGGGAAACAAGUGGUCAGACCACUUUACCACCAAUCAGAAGUAGAAAAGUAAAUAAGACAAAAAAUACUCCUAUAAAAAAAAAUGGAAAUAAUAGCAAAUCGAAAAGAAUUAAGUCUUAUGAUUAUUCUGCUUGGGAUAAAUUUGAUGUGGACAAAGCAUGCAAAGAUAUGGAAAAAGAUCAGUUUGAAGAGUCUGAAGGUGAAACAAUGUCUAAAGAAGAAUUAGAGAAAGCUCAUGAUGAAGCGACAAAACACAAAAAUGAAGGCAAUACUUUGGUACAGCAACAGAAAUGGGCUAAAGCAGUUGGAUGUUACACUGAAGCCAUCAAACUUUUUCCAUAUGAUGCUGUGUUUUAUGCAAAUCGUGCACUCUGCCAAUUAAAAUUAGACAAUUUGUAUGCUGCUGAAUCAGAUUGUUCUGCAGCAAUACAAUUGGACGAAACUUACGUGAAAGCUUAUCACAGGAGAGCUACAGCUAGAAUGAAUUUAAAACAAUACAAAGAAGCCAAACAAGACAUAGAAAAGAUCUUGAAAUUGGAACCAUCUAAUAAAGAUGCAAAAUCAUUGCUAGUUCAAAUUGAAAACAAGAUUAAAACAUUGGAUUCAAUUAGCACAUUGAGGGAAAGUACAGAGAAAUCAUCUGAGAAAUUAACAAUUGAAACGAAGAUUGGAAAAAAGCUAUGUUCCAGUAUUGUACCAAGCAUUAAAACAACAGAUGUUAAAGAUACUGAAAAUAAAAAUAACAAGGUUCUCGAGCAAACUAAAUGCAAUGUAAAAGAUACUAAAACCAAUGAAAAUCUAAAACAUGUUAAGAAUGGAAAAACACUUGACGUGGGAGGUGCUGCGUUGAAACAGAAAGAAGAAAGAUAUUUACGCAUUCCUGAUUGGUUACCAGAAAAAAAUGACGUUGUAAUAAUAGAACCUGUUGCAAAGCCACCACAUCUACGUUCAAAGAAAUCGUUAAAAAGAAUACCAGUUGAAGAAGCAGAUUUUGGUAAUAAUCAAUGGAACGUUAAAAAUAAAGAAUCAACGUGUGAUAAAAAUAAACCUGUACAAUUAGAAGAAACUAGAAAAGAUGAUAAUAUCAAGAAGAAUAGUUCAGUUAAGGCUUCUUCAUCUUCAGAAGAUGAUAAUAAUAUAGUACAACUAGUUCCUAAAACAGCUGUACAGUUCGUAAUGAACUGGAAAACCAAUACAUCAUCAGAAUUUAGGUAUAAAUACUUAAAGCAAUUGCCUGAGAAUAGUUUACCCAAAAUAUUUAAAGACUCUAUGGAAUCUGAUAUCUUUAGUGACAUAUUAGAAGUUUUAAGGAUUGAAUUUGUAAAGAGAAGAGAGUUUGUAUUUCGUUACUUGAAAGAUCUUAGUGAAGUCAAGCGAUUUAGAGCUCUUAUUAUGUUCAUAAGCAACAAAGAAAAAGAAUGUUUGAAGGCACUUUUCGAGCAUUGUAGAACGGUGGAGGGUAUACCAUUAGAGGAAAUCACAGCUUUACAACAUAAGUUUGAAAUCUAA